UAUUCUCACUUUAUCAGAAUUUUCCUGCUCAUCAGUCUUCACUUCUCCGCUCUCUGUCUUCUCACUGUAAACUUCUGUUCUAAAAAAAGAGAUCAAUCAGAUCUAUCCAUCAAUCAAAUAAGAAAAAAAUAUAGCAGUAGAGAUCAAAGAAAGUGAUGACGAGUAGGCGCGCAGACUCUGGUGCUUGUCUGAGAUGCUGCCUCGUGAUCUUUGCAGUGGCCUCAGCUCUCUGCGUCUCUGGCCCAGCUCUCUACUGGAGAUACAAGAAAGGGUUCGGACAUAACAGCAAGAUUUCUUCAUCUUCUUCUUGCGCCCCUUGCAUCUGCGAUUGCCCUCCUCCUCUCUCCCUCCAGAAGAUUGCUCCUGGACUUCUCAAUCUUUCAGUUACAGAUUGUGGGAAGCAUGAUCCGGAACUGAACAAGGAGAUGGAAAAGCAAUUUGUCGAUCUUCUCACAGAGGAGCUCAAGCUUCAAGAAGCCGUAUCAGAGGAGCACAGUCAUCACAUGAACGUUACCCUUGUUGAAGCGAAAAGAGUGGCUUCUCAGUAUCAGAAAGAGGCCGAGAAGUGUAAUGCAGCCACAGAGACAUGCGAGGAGGCCAGAGAGCGGGCUGAGGCAGCCCUAACCAAGGAGAGGAGGAUCACUUACAUCUGGGAGCAAAGGGCUCGUCGAAGUGGUUGGCAAGAUGACUAGUACUUUCCGUUUUCAACAUUAUAUCCUCAUACUGUCAACUUAGACCUUUACUAGAAUUUUUCCUAGCAUAUUGUCAUGAAAUUGAUGUAUGUAAUUUGCUCUUGGGGGAAAGUCCUGGCCAAAAUGUAUCGUAGUUUAUUUUUUAGCUGAGCAUCUGCGUACAAGCUUGAUUAUUUGCUUAAAUUGGCUUCUAGCUGAUUAACAUUGUUGCCCCCAUAAUGCACUUAAGUGUCUAGCUUGGAUGCUUCAAGAUUGUAUUAUGUGGUGUGAAUCGGCUGCUUGUCUUAUGACGUAAAGGUGAGAA